CGGAUCGUUUAUUGUCUGGCGCGCGCGUGUAACUGAUCACAGCUCGUCUCCUGCCAUGUCGUGGUUCCUGUGCUUGUGGAUAGCCGUCAGCAGCGUCUUCCUCUGCCAGGCCACCCUGUACGAGACCAUCCAGCAGCACCACGUGCCCCGCCCCGGCCGCAACAUCAUCCAGAUCCUGGAAGGUGGAACGUGUGAGGUGAUCGCGGCUCACCGGUGCUGCAAUAAAAACCGCAUCGAGGAACGAUCACAGACCGUCAAGUGCUCGUGUCUGCCGGGGAAAGUAGCGGGAACGACGCGCAACAAACCCUCCUGUGUGGACGCCUCCAUUGUGAUUGGAAAAUGGUGGUGUGAGAUGGAACCGUGUUUGGAAGGAGAGGAGUGUAAGACGCUGCCAGAUAACUCGGGUUGGAUGUGCUCCUCCGGGAACAAGAUCAAAACCACCAGGCUCCACUGAUCCUCGACGUGUCCGGACCAUUCUCAACAUUUUACAAGAACACGCAGCCAAAUUCAAAUUUUUAGCUCAGCGGAGCUGCAGAAGUUCCAGCGCUGAUCCAUCUCCUCAAGAGUGGAUGCCCUCCUUGCCUGUGUGCCCAGACAAGGCAGGAAUUUUGUUUGGAGAGGGCACACAAUGACAGAACGAACGAAAAGGCCGCUGCUCUGGUUUAAUACACCAGUUAAUCAGCCGACAAAUCCGUUACUGUGCGCGCAAAAUUCCUCUUUUUUGCUUCUUUUCCGUCUGUUUUUGGCUCCCAUUCGGGGGUUGAAUCCCAGAAAGGAGACGAAACUCUGUCCCUGACGUCUGUGGAUGAUUUUUUUUGCUUCGUGGUGCCACGAUUUCUAAGAUUUUUGUGGCCGUGUGAAAAACUCUGAAGAGCAAAAAACUGCCAAUUGAUCCAUUUUUAUUAAAUACACAUCUUAAUUGUUCACAGUUCAGUCAUUAAACUUGUUCUGAGGUCACUGUAACAAUUAUUAAUUUUCCAUGCACUUUGUAAAGCAUCAGUUCUUUUAUUUAGGACAUAUCCAACUCCCAAAUUACCACUGUGGAAAAAGUAAGUGGCCACUUAUCUAAUACCUGGUUAAACCACCUCUAGCAGCAGUCGCUACUACCAAACAAUUUGUGUUUAGUUGAUGAUUUGAUAUCAGACUUUUACAUUAUUGGUGGAGGAUUUUAGUCGACCCUGUUUUUGCAGAACCGCUUUAAAUAAAAUACAAUUCAAGUGUUUUCUUUUUUCUUUUUUUAUUUAUUUGUUUACAUAAUGGCACAUAAAGGCCACGGUAGUUUUAUAUUAUGCCACCUCCUCAUGCUAAAAUAAGGGACAGUAUGGAUUUGGUUAACUUUUGUAUCGGUACUCAAUCUCCUGGCACAUACGUUUUUUAUUAGUAUAAGGAUGCUGAAACAGCUUUGCAAGAAACUGCAUUUACACCGAUGAGGCAUAACAUUAUGACCGCCUUCCUACUAUUGUGUUGGUCCCCCUUUUGCUCCCAAAACAGUCCUGCAACUGUGAUGCCCUGUGUAUUCUGACACCUUUCUAUCAGAACCAGCAUGAACUUCUUCAGCAGUUUGAGCUACAGGAGCUCGUCUGUUGGAUCGGACCCACACGUGCAUCAAUGAGCCCUGGCCGCCCAUGACCCUGUCGCUGGUUUACCACUGUUCCUUCCUUGGAGCACUUUUGAUAGAUACUGACCACUGCAGACCGGGACACACCCCACAAGAGCUGCAGUUUUGGAGAUGCUAUGACCAAGUCGUCUAGCCAUCACAAUUUGGCCCUCAGAUCCUCACGCUCGCCCAUUUUUCCUGCUUCUAACAUCAACUUUGAGGAUAAAAUGUUCACUUGCUGCCUCAUAUACCCCCCCCCACUAACAGGUGCCGUGAUGAAGAGAUAAUCAGUGUUAUUCACUUCACAUGUCAGUGGUCAUAAUGAUAUGCCUGGUCGGUGUAUUUGAUAGCUGGCUACAGAUCAUUAGACGUGACUUCCUUACUCUUUACUUUUUUAGAUCAAUUAAAAAAAAAUCAGCUUUCAGUUGUUUUGGAUUUAGCUUUUUUUCUAGUAGUAUUCCUGUAGAAACUUUAAGCUGACUGAUUGAAUUUGAUAAUACGGUUUAGAAUGUUUACGAUUUUUUUUAUUCUCUAGGAUUGAAUACAAACCUCUUUAACUUGCCCAGUUGAUUGAGUAACGAAGCGGCCAGUUACUUCUUUAGAUGGGUGAUAUGGGUGUUGAAUAACUUUGUCCUUUAAAUAAAUAUUAU